AUGUCUCUUCGCUACAUCCUGCUCAUGCAACGGGAUGUGGCAGCAGCCGCACGAUACUACAAUGAAGGGCUGGGGCUCCCCCUAAAAGUGUUGACGGAGCGAUGGGCGGAGCUCCAAAGCGGGGACACGACCAUCGCGUUGCAGACGGCGCCGGGAGAGGCCUACUGUACAACUGGGUUCAGUCCAGUGUUGAGCUUCAAUGUUGAGAGUAUCCAGGAUACACUGACCCGCCUCUUGACGAUGGGAGGACGCAUGGACGGCAAGAUCCACCACUCUGUGUAUGGCAAGGUUGCCUCCAUCCGAGGACCAGAUGGGCACAUGAUCAGCUUGGUCGAGGAAGACUGA